AAACUUGCCAAACAUUUGAAAUCAGAUAUUCCUCCAACUCUUGUUGCGCAAGAAACAUCUAGUCUCUCUGUAAGCUGUGUAUAAAAGAAAAGACCCUUGUUAGCAACGAGAUCAAGCUCGAAGUUCGUCAUCGAGCGCCGUAGAAUAGUCUCCGGUAGAUAUCAAAGAAAGAGAUGGCAGCAAAAGACAAUACCGCCAUGCCUAUAAUUAGCAAGAUGUACUGUUCGUCUUCUCAGGCUGUGCUUGUCGUGAGGAGGAGGCCGCACGUGAUAAGCGGAGGUGGUUUUGUGGUUACGGAUUGUAGUCAGAAGGUUGCUUUCAAGGUUGACGGAUGUGGAAUUCUGGGGAAAAAGGAUGAGAUGAUUCUGAGGGACAGUGAUGGAGACGCCUUGCUUCUCUUUCGCCGAAAGGGUGCAACGGUUGAGGCCCUAAGCAUUUAUCGGAGAUGGAGGGGGUACAGUUUAGACUACGAAGGAUCGCAGGACCAGAUGGUUUUCUGUUUAAAAGAGCCAAACUCGUGCUUGGCAAGGACUCGAGCAAUCCGAAUCUCAACGAAAGCCACGAAGAACAAAGACUGGGACUUUGAGAUCAAGGGCGAUUUUCCUGAUAAGGAUUGUUGUAUUGUUGACUCCAAGGGCAAAACAAUGGCACAGAUCGGGGUGAAUAAGGAACUGAUGGCAAGCGAGGAUCUCUACCAUGUCGUGGUGACGCCAGGAACGGAUCAAGCUUUCGUUAUUGGAGUCAUUACGAUUCUCGACUACAUCUAUGGUGAAUCCACCAGGUGUUAAAUUUUAUACAGAUUCUAAAGAGAAGCUUUCCUUGAUUUCACGUCGAAACAAGAUGAUCUGCGAUUCUGCAGCAGACGAGAGUUCAAUUUUCUGCAUUUUGGAAGCUGCUAAUCCUUUAAUUUCAUUUUUCAUAUUGUUUGAUGGAUAAUCAUUUAGUUGCCCCAACCUGUACUAACUGGGAACUCAUCUGUUAAAGCUUUUACGUGUUUUUUGGCAACAUUUUACUUUUCUCAAAAAGAUGCACCACCAAUGUACUAACCGUCGAUACAGAAUCCGUUUCUAUAUAAAUAAGCAAUGAAAAGUGAAAACCAAUUCCACAACGU